CUGCAAGUCCAGUUAUGUAAUAUCCCAUUUUUCUUUUAAUCAGACGACGAGAAGGAGCUUGAGAAGAGUGUUAACAAGAGAGAAGGUGAAAAAUCUUAAACCCUAGUCUCGUCAUCGCCGGGACGCGCACCAGUCUGUCUCAAUGGCGAAAACCCUAUCCCGCUCCACCGCCUCACGCGUCGUCGCUAAUCGUUUCUUCUCCACCUCCAGAGCCGCCUCUCCUUCCCCGGUUCAUUCUCACCUCAUCACCCGUCGAUCCACACCGACGCUGUUCCACGCCGUCGGAUUCAUCCCAGCUUCGACCCGUUUGACGACGAUCCGGACCCGGAUGGAUAGGUCCGGUGGAUCGUACUCGCCGCUCAAAUCCGGAUCGAAUUUCAGCGACCGUCCACCUACUGAGAUGGCUCCGCUGUUCCCUGGCUGCGACUACGAGCAUUGGCUCAUCGUCAUGGACAAGCCCGGCGGCGAAAACGCUAAUAGACAGCAAAUGAUCGAUUGCUAUGUUCAAACCCUAGCCAAAAUUGUCGGCAGUGAGGAAGAAGCUAAGAGGAAGAUCUACAAUGUUUCGUGCGAGAGGUAUUUUGGGUUUGGCUGUGAGAUCGAUGAGGAGACAUCAAACAAACUUGAAGGAAUUCCUGGUGUUCUCUUCGUUCUCCCGGACUCUUAUGUUGAUCCAGAGUACAAAGAUUACGGAGCUGAGUUGUUUGUGAAUGGAGAAGUAGUUCCGCGUCCACCAGAGAGACAGAGGAGGAUGGUGGAGUUAACGACUCAUAGAGGCACCGAUAAACCGAAUAGGUACAAUGACAGAACCAGAAAUGUCCGACGGAGAGAGAACAUGCGUUAAGACUGUUUAUUCUCAGAGUCACUCGAUGCUAAACAUCUCCUUUUCCUUUUUGUUUGAACUCCGAUCUAGCUGUCUUUUUAUUUUUGUUCUAUUAGCUCCAAUCUGUUGGAAUAAUGUAAAUUUGUGAUCAUGGUGAUGAUUGGCAUUAUGUUAUGGAUAAUGUUGGUUCUUUUUAAGAUAUCGAAUUUAUAAUAUCUAUCAAUCAUUUCUGCGUAAUCUCCUGAGAAAAUGCGACAGUAUUGAAAAAGAAGGUGA